AUGCCUGGAUACUCACCAUCUCGGAAUCUGCGUCGCCCAUCUACUCGAAUGGGACCACCUCCAUCCUUUGAUUUACCUCAGAGUUUUGGGAACAUCCGACAUCACAUCAACAGCAAUUACCAACCCCCUCCGCUUCCUCGUCCACUCACUCCUGAGGAUAACGAUGAACUGAUGUCAGUUAAUCAGCUUCUUCCUGUCAAACGGACUCAUGAAGACGAUGAUGCCGGCGACAAACAACCUGCAAAGAAGCCUAUGGCUGCGAAAAAACCUUCUGAUGCCAUAAAACCAAAGAAGGUGAUACCGAGACCUUUACCGAAAACUGUCAAGAAGCCAAAGAUAGUUAAGGAUGAUGGUGAUGGUGAGGCAGAAGACGAGCAUGGUUCCCGGGAGAAAAAGAAGACAGGAGGACGCACAGUGGGAUCUACUGAGUACAGUACUACCGAGCUAUCUGGAAUGGUGAGGCUUGUCUUGAAGUAUCUUCCCAUGGGAAAGAAAGGUUGGGAGCGUGUCGUGAAUGAGUAUAAUAAAUGGGCAUCAACCAAUGGAUACCCCCCACGACAGUAUAAGCCAUUUCAAACACAAUGGAACAGACCAACUGGAGAUGCCGACAGACUCGAGAUGUAUGAACGAGUUCUUGAGGCAGAGGCCGCAAUUGCUCAGUGCGUAAGUCUCGGAAGUCUGCAAGACAAUGAAAAUGUUAUCAGCAUAUCUUCGGAGGAAGAUGAUGAUGACGACGAUGAAGACUUGGUAAUAAACAAGGGGAAGGGAAAGGUACGGGGCAGUGAAGGAACUGUGUUGACAAAGGCCUACAAAGUCGAAGCUCCACUGAAUGAUGCACCUCGUACCCGCAUGUCACGUCAAAGCCAGGCCAAUGAUCUUCUGGGAGGCAUCUCUGCCUCGCUCAACCCUCAAAAUCUUCAGCAGCGUGACGUGAACCGUGCAUCCAUGAACUUACAGAUGAUGCAGAUGCAGCACAUGCAGACACAGCUCAACAAUCUCCAGCAGCGCCUUGAUACAGCAACCCGAGAAGCUAUGGAGGCACAGUCUGAGUUGAAGAUGAUGAGGCUGUUGCAUAGUUCUCGUCGUCGAAGCCGUUCUCGAAGCUACAGCCGCAGUCGAAGGAGCCAUCGAUAUUCUCGGUCACAUUCACGUUCUCCCACUCAAUUGUCUCACAGCUAUCACCAUGAUCAUUCUACUGCUCAUAGCCAUGUCUAUUCUCCAGUACCUCAUAAUAUCCGGCCACGCAGUGGUAGUCCUCGUUCCCGAUCACCUCCACAACAUCGUUAUUCACACUUUCAUUCCCGGAUCCCCCGCCCAUUUUCACCACCGGUGAUUAACACAACUAUCUCUCCAACAGUCACCCCACACCGGAACUAUGUUGAAGCUGCACAGGUCUACACAGCUUCUCGUACUCUAUACCAGAACAAAGAACCUACGUACAAUCCUCCACCACCACCUACAAUUGCUUCAUCUUCUCGCAUUACUCUCGAUCAGUUGGCAUCAAUUGCUAUAGAUGAGUUAGAUGCAGGAGAUAUUGUUACUGUAAAGCCUCGUUCAGAUGGGGACUACGAUGUAGAAUUAUCACCUUCGAAACGUUACAAGUAA